CUAAAGGACCUGAUGCUUGAUGAUAAUGACUUGAAAAUUAUUCGUAAACAAAAGAUUGCUAGUUAUGCUUUUCUUCAAAUAAAUAAAGAAAAACUUUAUACUUAUGAAAUGCUUGGUGGUCUUGUAUUGGUACUUGCAGAUUUUACCAAAAAAGUCAAAAAGAAAAAAUUGAAGUAUACUCGUCAUAUAGAACUCUGA